AUGUUUACUCCAGUUAUGUUACAUUAUUCACCAAGUCCCGAAAAGUAUAAACAACUUAAACAAGCAAAAUUACUACAACAACAACAACAGCAGCAACAACAAAGUAACGGUCAAUCUUCUGCUGUACAAAUACCAAACUCAGCAAACAACAAUACAUCAUCAAACUCAAACCAGAAUAGCUAUAGUAAUUAUAAUCAUUUGUAUAAACAACAGCAAUUACAAUUACAAUUACAACAACAUCAGAAUCAAAAAAAUAACAAUUUACAUAAUAAUAAUAAUAAUAAUAGUAAUAAUAAUAAUAAUAUAAAUAAUAGUACAAUUAAUAGUAAUAUAAAUCAUAAUAAUAGUAGUAAUUUAACACAUAAUAAUAGUGAAGAUCAUAUGAAUUCACAUACACUUUUACAUAAACCAAUUAGAAGUAAACCAGCAAGAUAUAAAGUGAGUUACUCGGUUGGUGAUGUCCGAGGCGAUAAACAUUGUUUUGGUAUCAACUCACUCGUAUUUGAUAAUGAGAGUAGUCAACUCUACUCGGCUGGCAGAGAUUCAACUGUGAAGCUGUGGAGCGUAGAUCAUCAAACCAAUAGCGUACAACACAAACAUUGCUUCGAAGGUCAUAACGAUUGGGUCAAUGAUAUAUUUAUAAAUCCAAAACAAUCUAUAUUGGUUUCAGGAUCAUCUGAUUCAUCGAUAAAAGUAUGGAAUACAAACAGUGGUGAAUGUUUGAGAACAGAGAGAAGACAUGAAGAUUAUGUUAAAGCAUUGGCAUAUGCUCCGAAUGCCAACUAUUUCGCAUCGUCAGGUUUGGAUUCUCACAUUGUUCUAUGGGAUCUUAAUGUAUUUACACCAACUGGAACAUUGUCAAAUGGAAAUGGUGUUACAUCAUCAACAACAACAACUGCAUCGACAUCAUUAAACAAUGGAUUAUCAAAUAACUAUGUACCACAAUUCAAUAUAGCGAGAGCAGGUGGUGAUAAUAUAUCGAUAUACAGCUUGGCGAUAAACAAUGAAGCGUCGUUGGUGUUGGCCGGUUCGACCGAGCGAACUAUUAGAGCGUGGGAUGUCGUCGGUGGCAAGAAGAUAUUCAAGUUGAAGGGACAUACCGACAAUGUUAGAUCGAUCAUCAUCUCGUCGGACAGCAGAAGAUGUCUGUCUGCAAGUAGCGAUGGAUCGUUCCGACUCUGGGACAUCGGUAUGCAGCGAUGCAUACACAGCUUUGACGAUAUUCAUACGGACUCGGUGUGGAGUCUGGCCGUGUCGCCGACAUUCUCUCACGUCUACUCCGGCGGACGUGACGGAUUGAUAUACUCGACCGACCUCAAGACAUUCCAGUCGACUCUUGUCUGCAAGGAAGCGAAUCCAGUGCUCAAGAUUGUGCAUGACGAGCAGCGUCAAUCGAUAUGGGUAUCGACUACCGACUCGGAGAUUAAGAAUUGGUCGUUGAAUGGCGCCACCAAAGAAAAGAUUGAACCACGCUUCAUCGAUGAGGACAAGGAUGAGGAGAGUGUCAAUAACAUCUCUGCGAUUCUCAAUGCCAACGAACCGAUUAUGAAGAUCGCUGGACGUCCAGGAAUGAUAAAGCAUCACAUAAUGAAUAAUCGAAGACAUGUCCUCACCAAAGACACAAGCGACAAUGUACAACUAUGGGAUAUAACAAAGGGCGAGCUGAUUGGUGACUAUGGUAAAGUGGAUUUCGAUAAGCAGGUCAAUGAAUUGCAAGAGAUCAUCAGCAUACCGAAAUGGCUUUCCGUCGAUACCAAGACGGGAAAUAUCAACAUCACAAUGGAACCACCCCAUUGCUUUAGCGCCGAUGCACAUCUUUCGAACCUGGGUGUCACUCUCCAAGAGGGCGAGCCAGACGAACUAUAUAACACAGGAGAACGAGUUCUAGCCUCACUGUUCUCUCAUUUUGUAAAAGAGAAACAUAAUCGUCAAAACAAUGUAAAUAGUAAUCAAUAUGAUGGUGAUACAGUGGAUUCUGUAGAGGAUGAACCACAACAACAAGCUGUACCAUCGUCGACCAACAACAACAAUAAUAACGACUCUAAUAGACAGAAAGUUGCUAUGAGUGGUGCACCACCAUCGUCAACCAACAAGGCGCCUCCCAAGAGAAUGAUUUUCGAAUUACCCAAGGAUACAUCCAUUGUGAUAUUCGAUGACAACAAUGUAAAUAAUAGUUUUAGAAUCCGUUUGAGUGAAUUCACUGGUUUGGAAUCGGUCGAUGUCAUUCCGACUUGGGUGUACGAUUGCCUCUUUGGUGGACCAACACAGAAGAAAGAGACCAAAGACAUCUACUUUAUGAUGUCACCGAGCGAUGAAAAGAAUAUAUCUCCAAUCGCCAAGGGCAUCAUCAAAUUCAACCAGGCUCCUCACACCCAGAUUAGGAAGCUCAUUGGCCAUAUCUCGUGGAAACUGAAACUGUUGGAGCCAAACUCAUUGGUAGAGGAAUACAUUGAGAUGCUCUGUGACAACAAGGUGCUGUUGCCAACCUACACACUGUCUACGGUGAGAGCAUUCUUUUGGAAGUCUGGUGAUGACAUUCAGUUGACGUAUCGUGUGAAGCCUGCCUAUGGAAAUGAAAAUGAACUACGUAAACUUGUAAAACUAAAUCAAAUCAAAAAGAUCACUGUGACGACACCAACUAUCACUGGAUCAACACCAUCAUCCGCGCCCGCCAAUGGUGCCAACAAGUGUAAUUCCAACGGCAACAGCAAUUCAAAGAGCAACAGUAACUCUGCAAAUUCCUCACCCUCAUUGAUUGGACAACACACAAUCGAUCAAGACUACGUGAUCAACGGAAAGAAUAACAAAUCAUCUCCAAUGAUCUCUACAAUCAGCAACGGUGCCAACGAACUGCCUAAAGAAGGAGCGAUGCCACCCAGUCUUUCCAUUUCAUCCAGUCCCAAACCAUCAAUUUCAACAAACGAGUCGUAG